AUGAUUGAUUAUGUCACAUGUCACCGUGCCCCUGACUUCUUUAUCCCUUGUCAGCCCUCACGUCUUCUCAUGGAUAUCCAACGCCGGUUUCCCAGUGUGCACUGGAUCUGGGGCGGAGGUAUCUCUUUUGUUUACGAGGUCCAUCCUCGCAUCGUGGUCAAAAUCCCAAAGUCGGGACAAUUUGAAAGGGAGCAAUUCUACAAAGAGGUGGAGAUAUAUCAAAUAUUCUCGCAAAAUCCACCUUGCGCCUCACUUGUGCAGUGUUUUCUCUUUUCACGUAGUGGCCUAUUCCUCGAGUAUAUGAGAGAUAUGUCGCUAUCUUCUAGAAUACAAAACAACCAUACUCGGGACCAGCAAACUAUGGUAGUUACUUCAGUGGAAAAGUUGGAACCUCUAUCUCUACGAAUAGAGUGGAUGAACGAUCUCGCUCAGGCCGUCGCUUUCUUAGAAUCCCUCAACCUUGCUCAUGGUGAUUUACGACCUGAGAAUGUCCUACUUGAUCGUAACCGACUGAAGCUAUCCGAUUUUGAUUGUACGGCGAAAAUUGGAACAAACUAUGAAGCUUGCGUGGCUCCGUAUGGCAGACUACUCAAUAGCGGCGAGUCGGACCAAGGAGAAUGUGGAACUCCUGGCUUCCUCAGCCCUCGGACGGAACAGUUCGCCCUCGGUUCCUUAUACUAUUUGAUCAACUACGGGUUUGAAGUCUAUGGACAUCGAUGUCUUGCCGAGGAUCCUUACGAGCAUGGUCCUAAAGUCGUGGAGUCGCUACAGCGCAUGGAGUUUCCUACUUUAGAUGGCGAUCCCCUGAUUGACAACAUCAUCGACAAAUGUUGGCAUAACAAAUAUGUCACGAUCUCAAAAUUAGCCGCGCAAACGAGGAUGCUUUUGAACGGAGGAACCGAUGCGAUGGAAAUUAGCGGAAGCAGAAGGAAGGAAAGCGGCGAGGUAACAGAGGCCGAGCGACCCCAUGGUAACAACUGUGAGGCCGUGGAUCAGAACGGCUUGGAAGAAGGAUUUCUUUCGAAAAAGAAAUUCUGUCAGGACUUGGAGAAACGUGGACUUCUUCAUGUGCUUUCUUCAAGCGAGCCGGAGCAAAUUGGAUUUACUUUUGAGUGGUAUAGGCACAGCCUUUCAGGUUGA